GCGAGGGGCCCCUGAGGGCGGCACCGGCCGCUCCGCGCACCGACAGCGCCCCCUGCCGGCAGCACGCCCCGAUUGGCCAGAGCUGCGCGCCGGUGCUCCGCGAUUGGACGAGGAGCGGCGGAGGCGGAGAGUGAUGACACACGCGGAGUGCGCUCCCGCCCGCGGGGUGCCCCCUGGCGGCGCCCGGCGCGCGGCGAUGGAGCGGGGCAGCGCGGAGGAGGGCGAGGGCUGCGCGGGGCUGUGGGAGCUGCCCGUGGAGCUCUGCGAGCGGCGCCCUGAGUGCGGGCGCUGCAGCCGUCCUCAGAAGGUGUGUUUAUGUCCAUUCCUGCCAAUACACCCGCUAAAAGUCUCCACCUGCUUGUAUGUAAUUCAGCAUCCGGCAGAGGAAAGUCGUGUGUUAAGGACGGUGCCUUUGCUAGCGGCUUGUCUCCCUCCAGACAAAUGCAAAAUUUUAGUUGGUCGACGUUUUAGUGAAGACAGGUAUCCUGAAUUAGCAACUGUGUGCAGAAAUCCCAGUACUCUAAUUUUGUAUCCUGGUGCUGAAGCAACCAAUUUGGAAGAAGUCGCUGUGAUGCCUUCUAAUCCAUUGGCUAUGAUCAUCAUCGAUGGAACGUGGAGUCAGGCUAAAGAUAUAUUUUACAAAAAUCCUCUCUUUCGGCUUCCCAAGCAGGUGCAGUUAAAAACCAACAUUUCAAGUCAAUACGUAAUUCGUACACAGCCAACAAAUACCUGUCUCUCUACACUUGAAUGUGCAGCUGUUGCUCUCACAAUCAUGGAAAAAAAUAAGAGUAUACAAGAGACUAUACUCCGUCCACUUCAAGCUUUGUGCUCUUUCCAGCUUCAGCAUGGUGCCCAGAUCCAUCACAGCAAGGAGCAUCUUCUCAAAAAUGGCUUAUAUGACAAGCCAAUGCCAAAGAAUAAGCGCAAACUCAGAAGAAUGGAGCUUUUGGUAAAUAAUGUUAAAAUAUAAGUAAAUUGUACUGACAGUACAGUGUGAUUUAUUUGCAGCUAGCAAAUGAAUAUGAAUCUGGAUUUGGUCCAAGCAGUUGACUGCACUGUAAUAAAAUGAUUUUUAGGCUCUUCAUAGGCAAGAGUUUAUCUACCAAUGUGACAAACAGUAAUGGACAAGCAUUUUCAGUUUUGCAGUGGGCCAGGUGCCUUUGUUCAGAUGAUAGAAGAUCAUUCUCGUUUCCUGUAGAAAAGAAGAAAAUUCUCAGCAUAAUUUAAAGUUACGGGUGACAAGUGUGAUCCUCAAUGUGACUGGAUAAAUUUACUUUGGAGAAGCUUUUGUCAGUAUGAAAAGACUAGGAAUAUGAAUAAUGAAAUGGUAAGACUUCAGCAUGUAGAACUAUGUUGAAUUUCUGCUGAGCAUUUUAACUUCACUAUCUAAUUACAGUAGGUUUUCAAACUGUAAUUCCUUAUAUUACUAUAGUUCAGCUGAGCGUAAGGCAUGCUAUUUUUAUAGUUCUUUAACUCUGAGGUUUUUAUUUCUUACAUUAUUAGAAGUCUUUUUUGUAAAUUUAUAUACAUUUUACAAUGCAAUCGGGUUUAGUUUGUCUCUUGACUUCGUUUUUUAAUCAAGCCCUGAUAUGUUUUUACCAGAACCUGAACACUUCUGACUUAAGAAAAAAAAGGAGUGAAUAUAGAGAAAUAAUUUUUGGAAUUAUAACUCAGGUGCUUCACUUUUGCUUGAGGAAAAACUGCUCUUCCACAGAAGGGGAUAUGGCUAUGGCUGUGGCUAUGGAUAUGUCACAUCCAUAUCCUGAUGUGCAGUGGUUAUGAUCCUAAAGGAAUUAAGCCACUCCAGAGUAAGCAGCUGUGUGAGAAGUAUGAUGCAAUGAUGAUUGGUCGUCUGGAUACAACCUACUAACGUGAUUGCAGAUCCAUUAGAUUUACAUGUGUUCUUCAAUUAGUUCUUCUCUUCUAACAGUGAUAAACCAGUGUUUCUUUCUAAUAAGAAUUGCUAGAAGCAGAAGAAGUGAGUAUUUUUGCAAGCUCUGUGAAGGAAUAUUUUAUGAUCUGGAGAAAAAAAAUGAAAUAAAGGUUUUGAUGUUCCUCUCUUCAAGUUCAUAAAUGUCUACUUCAUGAAACAGAUUAAAAUGCUUAAUGUUUGUCUUCACUAUCACUUCCACUCUAGGUAACAAAAUGGAUCUAAUUGGGUACUAAUUAGUCCUAGAAAUAGAUAUUUUGUCUGAUUUAUGAGCUGCAAGGAAAGAAACUGCAGAAGUGGGGCGUGUAAACACAGCUAACCAGUAUAUUAACUGAAAGCAUUUCUGCAAUUAACAAGGGAGGUCAAAAUUAGGUCACGGAUUUGCUAAGAAGUUUUAGUUAACCCUGAGCUAAUAGUGACCUUUUGUUUAGGCAUGGAUUAACAAUUUCAUUUGUCUGGCUAUGUUAGCAAAGUUUAUAUAACCUUUUACUGUUCUCCCGAUGUACUCUGUCUGUCACUAGAUUCCGCAAACCUGAAUUAGUUUUGACAAAUCUGAGGCAAAACAGUCUCAUGCAAUUAAUGAUCGUGUAGAUGCACUCUUGUUCACACUGGAACAGAGAAAGGACAUGUUUAUUCCUGUAGCAAAGCGCAGUGCAGCAAUCUCCAAGCUAGUUUGGAGUCUGAAGCUGCAGUCUCGUGCGACUUGUGUACGCAGCCGUUGUGAUGCUGUCUCCAGUUCUGGGUUGGCAUGGCUCAUGCUAGGCUGGGAAUCUGUUUACCCUGUGCUCUGGGACAUGCUCCAAGCAUUCUGUAAGGAAACAAGGGCAUCAGUUAGUCAUUAUUGUUAAUGCCAUAUUUACAUAUAUGGAAGAUGUUCACAUUUAAUGUUGUCUAUAUUAAUUUAGUUUACCUUAUUAUAGACUCAUCUAAAGCAACAGUGUAUCUUUUGACCUACAUAGUGAAGAUUAUUUUCCUAGACAGAAGGCUAAACAAGUCUUUUAAUAAAUGUGAGUUUAUAUUAUGGAGAACAGAAAGAAAUUUCUAUUACAGCCUGGAUUCACAUUCAUCUGCAAAAUGCCUUAGAAUUACAGGAUUAGGGAAAUAGUUGUUUUAAUUGAGUUACAAUCCUACAUUAAGUACACUUAUGCACGCAAUCUGUGCAGACUUUUCGUGUUUUUCUGCAAAGGACAAAUUCCACAUAGAUUACAAUAAGCAGUCUUUAGUUUUGUUGAUUCCUCUUCUUCUUCUAAUUUUGCUCCUGUGUUUAACAGGAUUUGUAGGAUCUAAUGCUGGAUGCAUGGAGGCCUUUAAUUGCUAAUUUCCUGUGUUGUAGAAUACUAGAUCAGUCACUAUGCAGCAGUUACUGAAGGAAUGAAAAAAAAAUUCAUUGCAAAGCUCCAGGCAUUUUAUUUUUUGAGCUUUUUUAGUGUGUCCCAUCACAGCUAUAAUAUAGUGAUCAUUUAGAUGCAACACAGCAGUUACAUGAAGUUCAAUUUCAAAUUUGUUCAAAGCUAAUGCACACAAAAUAUAAUACUGUUUUUUCGUACUGUUCUUUGGUGGAAUUUACUUGGCUUUAAAAAUAUACUCAACAGAAAAAUGCAAAAGGAAGAUUUUGAAAAGUUUGUUUUCAGGUCUUUUAGAUUCAGAAUUUACCUCUAAAUACCUUUACCUCAAAGAAGCAGGUACUGUAAAGUUCAGACUCUUUUGACGGAAGUUAUGUGUGAUGAAAUAGCACUCUUUGUAAGCAAUUUCAUUGGAAUGAGUUUAAUUUGCAGUUUUAGUUUUUGCUGGAAUGGUCCAUCUGGUUAAUUUUUCACUUUCCAAAAGAUUAAUGAGUCAAAACCAACAAGUCUAACAAGAUAUUGAUUAAAAAGAAAGGAAUGUGUUUGCUUCUAGUGUUUGGUCCUUUGUCCUUGUCUGCUCUAUGCUUCUAAAUAUUGAUACUGAAAUUAAAUCUGCCUUCCAUGUGCCGCUCUGUCAUGCUUUGGGGAACUGGUUACAUGGAUAGCAAGCCUUUGAAUACCUGAAAGCAUGCGAAAAAUUUACAGAAGUGGGCAUUGUUAACUAUAUUUCCAUAAUCUGUGCUACAAAAGUUUAAGGAAAAAGGCAAAGCUAAAAACCUUCCAAAAUAAGAACAUCCCUCCCUUUUGUUUAGAAAACUUUUACAUUAAAAGUGAACAAAUGCUCAGGACAAACAUAAAUUUGUUUUUCUUCAACAUUUUACUUUCAUUGCCUUAUAACCCUGGAAUUCCAUCUGGAAUUCCAGCUGGAAGACAGUGUUACCAUACUACCAAGAAAUUACUCUUUUAUUAUUUUUCCUGUAGAUAAAGAGAGGACUUUUCAACUAUCUUCAAAAAGGGCAAAAAUUACUUUAAGACCAAUGUUUUUCUUCUGAACUGUUAGAUUAGAUAAAAAUUGCUUAUGCUGCAUUAUUUUCUACAACUUUCCUGCUUGUUUUGAAAUUUAAUUAAAAACUGAACUUUUUAAAAGGGGUAGUGGUUCAUUCUUUUCUCUUGAGGUUUGUGUUUAUUACGCCUGCAUACAUGAACACACAUAAAUUACAUAUUUAUUUCUGCUUCAAAGCAUUAAAAGUCUAAUUUACUCUGAUCAUAUGCAACUGCAUCUCACAGCAUCACAGAAUCAUUUAGGUUGGAAAAGAGCCUUAAUAUCAUCAAGUCCAAUCACAAACCUAACACUGACAAGUCUACCACAAAACCAUAUCCCCAAGCACCAGAUCUACGUGUCCUUUAAAUACCUGCAGAGAUGGCGACUCAACAUCUUCCCUGGGCAGUCCAUUCCAGUGCUUAACAGCCCUUUCAGUGAGGUAAUAUUUCCUAAUAUCCAGUCUAAACCUCCACUCGUGCAACUUGAGCCAUUUUCUCUAUUUAUGUCACUUGUUACUUUGGAACAAAGACCAAUACAACCUCCCUUCAGGCUUUUGUAGAUAGUGAUAAGAUCUUUCCUCAGCCACCAGACUAAACAGCCACAUUUCCCUC